AUGGCGGAUCUGGGUGUUCGCGUUUUUCCAUUGGAGCUUACCAGUGCGAAUAGACUGAAACGUGCUGAGGUUCUCCCGCAAAAGUUCACCACAAUUGACGAGGCAAAGGAGACGGCUGUUGCGACGAUCCCCGAUCUUACUGUCCCGAUCACGUCUCCUGCUGAAUUGAAUGCAUUCACCGCUCUCGCAUGA